CUUGACUAAAAAUUUGCUGGAGAAAUCAACUUGGAGAAAAACAAAGCUAGCACAAAGUUUGCACACACUAUCUUGACGACCGGAUGCAUGAGUACCCUGGUGGAACUAAGCUAGUAUUACUAAGAUCAAUUAACUUAAAAUAAAGAACAAUGUUUGACUAUGCAGUCGGAGACAGUAUCCAGGCCACGCCUACUUCUCAGAACAAUGCCCAGUCUGACUUUGAGUGUCAAGUUGGCGAUACAAAAGUCAAUACAGCUAAAGGAACCCAGGACAGGGAGAAGAACAUGCAAACUAUCAUGACCGAGUUGAGCCGCGCGUGCUCCAGCGACUUCCAGUGCCAGGCGGACAUGAAUAGCUCCGACUUCCAGUGCCAGGUUAAAAGUGGCCAGGCCGAGGGCACCAAGCCCAUGGAAAUGUCCUUGCCCCCAGAGCACAGCAACAGGCCAGCUAACAAGUGCCGCACACAGAGCAAGGCAACGGAGACUAGAGGCCACACCAAGAUGUCCAGUUCGGCCUCACAGUGCAAUAUAUUGACCAGCAGCACUUCGGCGGACUUCCAAUGUCAGGCUGGCAAAGGUUUCUGGGAUAGUCCACACAAAAUCAAGGUGUCCGCUUCAGCGGACUUCCAGUGUCAAGCCAGUGUAGCCCAGCUUGACUUUCAAUGUCAAUUUAAUGACAACGCCAGUUGCCAAGACCAGUGAGACGAACGUGUUAGGGUUUGAGUUUUUUAAUUUUCAAUUAGGAAAUGAACUUUUUAAACGAAAGCAAUUUUUUUUCUCAUUCAUUGUUUUUUUUUUAUACAUAUUAAACCUUAAAGGUCUUAUAACAGCCGAGAGAUCAGCUUCAACAAGUGUUCAAUAAAUGACAAGACACAAGAGCACCACCAUUGCGUGCAGCUAUAACAACAACUCAACACAAUAGCGUGAACUCGUAAAGCCUUUCCAUUUUUUUUCUAAAUUGAAAUAUUAAUACUUGAGCUUGUCAUCGCGAUGUCUUUAGAUACAAAUAAAAUGAGAAAUGUAAAAAAAAAUUAAUAAAAUAACAACAUUGUCUUUUUAAAA